GUCACGUGGUGCCGUGAUAAUUUGUACUAACCAAUCCCUAGUACAAAUGUUUCUGUGGUACAGUUUUUGGAAAUACUAUUAAUGAAGCUCUAGCCUCCUAAAAUGAAUUUGGGGGGGAAAAUGGGCCUAAAUCGAAUAUCACUAUAUGUCCUCUGGAUCCCCUCUUGUUCCGUUCUAAUACUUUCAGAGUCUGGACGCGUUCUCGGCUCGACCAACACGUCAAGGUUGCCCCUUCCAUUAUCGUCCCUCUCUCGUCCACUCUGCUUCCAAUUCAAAUGCUGGCUGACUGGAUUGCGGCUGACUUCAAGGUCUUUGCAGACGUUAAAAUUGCAGUGCUCCUCAACUGAUGUUCGACAGCGUCUGCUUGCUUCGGUUUUUGAAGUCGAGACAUGCCAACCCUGCAAGCGCUGGACAGUCAUUGUUGCUAAUAAUCCAUUGAUUGGAUUCGAACGGCUAACCGAAUCGAAUGCCCUGCACAUUCUCAGCCGUGCUCAACCUUGUAGGGCGUAGCUUGCCGCUUGCCGCUAACCAACCCCGCCAGAAAUCGUAUCA